AUGGACAAGCCAUGCUUCAAACCUGUGCUACUGGGUAUUACAUUGUUAGCAAUUGCAUGCAUGACUGUCAUUGCUCUGGUCCUCACUGUUGCUAAACAUCAGACAGUGGAUUUGCCAUACUCAACACAGUAUGGGAUUGUGUUUGAUGCGGGUUCCACACACACUUCCCUCUUCCUGUAUCAGUGGCCAGGGAACAAGGAAAACAACACUGGAAUUGUUUCUCAGAAACUGACUUGUGAUGUGAAAGGUGAUGGCAUAUCCAGUUAUGUCACAAACCCUCCUGAUGCAGGACAAAGCCUAAAAGAAUGCAUAGAUGUUGCCAUGACAGCAAUACCACCCAGCCAGCUAAGCACAACACCUGUGUAUCUGGGAGCCACAGCUGGCAUGCGUCUUCUCAUGUUAGAAAACCAAACUCAGGCAGAAAGGAUACUGGCUGAGGUGACCAAAGCUAUCCAGAGUUAUCCCUUUGAUUUUCGUGGGGCCAGAAUUCUCACUGGCAUGGAGGAGGGGGCCUAUGGAUGGAUCACCAUCAACUAUCUUUUGGAGGGCUUCAUUAAGUAUGCAUUUGAUGGUAGAUGGGUUCAUCCAAAGUCAGGGAAGAUUCAAGGAGCUCUGGACUUGGGUGGUGCAUCUGCACAAAUUUCCUUUACACCCAAGGAUCCAGUUAAAGACCCAGGGUCUGCAUUUGACCUCCAGCUCUAUGGCUACAGGUACCAGCUGUACACAUAUAGUUACCUGUGCUACGGCAAAGACCAAGCCUUGAAGAUGCUCCAGGCGUACCUGCACAUGGCUGCUAGACCUUCUUCUGUUGUCCAACAUCCCUGCUAUCACAGGAAUUACAGUUUGACGCUAAAACUGGGUGAACUUUACAAUUCUCCUUGUGUGGUCAAGCCAUUGCCCUUUGACCCUGCAUUAAAGGUUACUUUCCUAGGGACUGGUGAUUCUCAGCUCUGCCUGUCAUUGAUGAAGAGCAUCAUAAACCUGACUGACUGCUCAUUUUACCCAGACUGUGGCUUUAAUGGAGUCUAUCAGCCUCCAGUCAAUGGAGAAUUCUUUGCCUUUUCUGCUUACUUCUACACCUUUAAUUUCCUUGGUCUUGCUCCAAGGACUCCACUGCCUCGAGUCCUUGCCACAAUUGAGUCCUACUGCAACAAAACCUGGGACACACUUGUGUUAGAAUAUCCAAAAGUGAAGGAAACAUAUCUUCGGGAUUACUGUGGUUCAGCACAUUAUAUCAUGACUAUUCUCCUCAAAGGAUUUAAGUUCAAUGAUAGCUGGGAUCAAAUCUACUUUUAUAAACAGGCGGAAGACAAUGACAUUGGUUGGACCCUGGGCUAUAUGCUUAACCUGACCAAUCUAAUUUCCUCUGACCGCCCUCUAGUGAUUACAGGAGUACAACACAGCCAAUGGGCAGCAGAGGUUUUCUUCAUUGUAUUUGUACUCUUUCUCAGCAUAUUAAUUCUAAUCGUCCUCUGUGCUUGGGGCCCAAAGCAUUGAGAGAGACUCACUGUG